CCCAGCGUGUUCCCGUUUAUCGCCUCACGGCCAGUAUAAAAGCUGGGCGGCUCGCUGAGUAAGAUCAGUCUACUGACAAACGCUUCAGUUGGAAAUCAGUUACACCUUAUAUCAGCGAAGUAGAAGUACCUAAUAUCUUCCGUCACAAUUCAAAACAAGAUUCAACAUGGCAUUGCUUCCUCCUGGUGGACUUCCGGAAAUAGUCUUCUCCUUCGACACAACAGGCUCAAUGGAAGACUGUCUUGCCGAAGUGCGGGGUCGACUCCAGGACAUGAUACAGCGACUCCAGGCUGACAUCCCCGCCAUCAGAAUUGCUGUCUUUGCACAUGGUGAUUACUGUACCAAAUCCACAUAUGUCACAAAGUGGAUCGACUUCUCCACUGACGUCAAGAAACUCUGCGACUUCGUCAUGAACGUCAAAGGUACCGGGGGCACUAAUGAUGGCGGCGAGUGUUACGAGCUUGUUCUCAGACAAGUGGGGGAGAAGUUGUCAUGGACACCAGGAUCUAACCGUGUUCUCGUCGUUGUCGGGGACGACGACCCCCACGAACCGAACUUCAGAGGCAAUACACAAAAGAUAAACUGGAGAGAGGAAAUUAAAACAUUCCAAACAAUGGGAAUAAGAAUCUACGGAGUUGAGUGCGACAGUCGAGCUACGACAUUCUUCCAAACCAUUUCCAAAGAGACAGGAGGUCGGCAUCUUAAGUUGGACAACUUUACGAACAUAUUUGACUUCCUCAUGGCCAUCUGCUACAGGGAGCAUGGAGCAGACAUCCUUGAUUUAUACGAGAAAGAGGUUCGAGCCCGCGGUGGGGAUGGUACCCUCAGCAAAGACAUGGAAGGAAUGUUUACAUCCCUUCGUGAUGGAAUAGUCCCCCCUGUUUCAUCAACGACAACGACGAUUACUAGCGGUGCCACGAAGAAAGGUGUCAAAGCUUCCACCUUAAUGAAAACAAUAUCCAUGCCAAGGGUCAGGAAACCCAAACCUAGAUCCAUCAAGAGGCCAACAACAACCUCUUUGAAGGUACAAUCAUCUCCCCUGUCGUUGAAGAUGCACGGCAACCAGAAACCAACAAAGUUUGCGGCACCUCUUCUGAGAAGGGAGGAAGUCUUUGAAAAUAACUUUAGCUUAAGAGACAUGGACUGGUCAUCCUGGAUCAAAGUCAUCUCCCCUGACGUUCCUCUCAAACAGGAAGCACAAUGGGAGAAAAGACGGGGUGCCAACCCUGGAUUCAGGAAAAGGACAGUGUUCAAGUCCAAGAACAAUAAGCCAGCUGUCUAUGAGUUCAGUGUUCAGACGAUCAAGUACGGACGUAGGUGUGUGGUAUUCAGCAUGUUCUGCCACCACAUUCCCGAUAAUGUGAACUGGGAAACACGACUCCUUGGAAACAAAAUUAUCAGAGCUCAGGUGAACAAUGUUGUGUCUCAGAACUGUAGUGUUUUUGUGCGGAGGGUGGUGUACAGAAGAGCAUCGGGUCACGUCAAAACAGCCGCAAUGAUGAAGUCCUAUGACUACGCUUGGAGGCGUCUAAGAUCACGAUCCGCUGCUCGACAUGUUUACAAACAAGGCAGCACAAUAUCAUCAGACAAAGUAUAGAAUGUUUCUGAAUAUUGAUUUAUAUGUGCUGAAUGAAUACGGACACAUUACUGUUUUUCCUGAGAAAACCAUAUAUCAAACGGGCUUUCUUGAAUUAACUAUGGUACGAGAGUCCAUAUUCAUUUGCAUUUGACUUGGAAAGACAUCGAGAUCGAAUCGCAUAUGGUACACCUCCUUUAAGCUAAAUGUGAGCAUGGUGUUUCAUAACAGUGCGUGACUGAGAGUUGUGUUUUGAGGAAUGAAAGAGACUGGUUGAAAUGUAAAAUAUUGUACAUUUAUCCAUGUUACUAUGUAUAUAAAAUGUAAAAUUCACCUGCAUUUGU